AUGAGCGAACAGUCUGCUGAGACGUCCGCCGCUCGGUUUGUAAGGCAGUUUCAAGAGGAAGAUUUGGCAGAAAACCCAGAUUACGCCCUUUUAAAGCACACGAAAGCACAUCUUCAAAACCGGCAGCUGCGGAAAAAGUACCUUGUAAAACAGCUGCAGCUGCUCUACGCACAGCUCGACAAGACUCGCAACUACCAGGAGUUUGUGGACACCUUGAUGGGGAGUCGACAGCUGCUGAGCGAGAUCUUCGCACUGGAAAAGCAUAAGGAGCGUUCGUCUGUCGUGACACCCGUCAUCCGCAACGGCGCGCGCAGCAGCGAUUUGGUGGCUCCCAGUGUGAAUUGGAGCCACUAUGGCAUCGAUGUGGAGGAGUAUCUACUAGCAAGCGACGCGAGUCGCGAUUUGGUCCACCAGAGCGGUUGGGUCUUUCACGACAUGUAA